UCAACACGGACCCACCGUGGAAACGCGGGAGAGCGAUUCGAAAUCCAAACAGAUUUGCGCGCGAAUAGUGACAGAUCUUUUUUUAUAAAAAAAUACUUAUAUUUUUUCUUGCAAUGGCUGUCACUAGUGCAAGGGGCAUUGUGGAUAUGAAGGAGAAGGGACAUUUUGGACGUGAAAAUGCAAGGAUCGAUAAGUACACGCUCGGCGACGAGCUGCCAGCCCAGUUAGCGGUGCUGGAUCUGCGGCCGAGGAAGAUGACACAGCCGUCCUACUCCUUGCGACGACUCACCAAAGAUGAUAAAGAAGCUAUCAUUAAAUUCCUAAGAAGAUUCUUCUUCCAAGACGAGCCGAUGAAUUUGGCUGUGAAUCUCCUGGAAACUCCUGACUCCCGCUGUCAGGAGCUGGAGGAAUACUCCGCGUCCACGCUAGAGCAGGGCUUGUCUUUGGCCACUGUGGAUGAGAAUGGGGAGAUAGUUGGAGUCAUCCUUAACGGGCUCGCAAAGAGAGAGGAGGUAGACUACGCAGACAAGUCAGAAGACUGUUCCAACGAGAAGUUCCGGCGUAUCCUCAAGGUUCUGGGCCACCUGGAUAGAGAGGCUAAGAUCUGGGAGAAGCUCCCGGAGUCCUGUACCAAGGUUGUGGAGAUCAGGAUAGCUUCUACACACUCCGCGUGGAGAGGUCGAGGCUUGAUGAGGGUGUUGUGUGAAGAGACGGAACGGCUGGCCAAGUCGAUUGGUGCGGGCGCUCUGCGGAUGGACACCACAUCGGCGUUUUCCGCAGCAGCCGCUGAACGUCUCAAGUACAGGCGCGUCUACAGCGUGUUGUAUGCUGAUCUUCCUUAUGCGCCAAAGCCUGAAGCACCACAUCUAGAAGCUAGAGUAUACGUCAAGGAGCUGUAAGCUGAAUAAGUUUCUAACUUAGCUUACGAAGAUAGAAGAAUGCUGUUCCCUUAUGUCGACAUGCAAGUGCCCAAAUAAUAAUU